AUGAGGGCCAGCGCCGUCCCCCGCAAGAAGGACUUCAAGAAGGGCAUCGACGCGGACGACGCGCGCCGCAAGCGCGAGGACAACAUCAUCGAGCUGCGCAAGGCCAAGCGCGAUGAGCAGCUGCAGAAGAAGCGCGUCGUCAAUGCCGGCCCCUCUUAUGCCAUGGAGGAGAGCUCGGCGCGCCCCAUGGGCCUGCCGCACAAGCAGCUGGACGAGCUGCCCUCGAUGGUCCAGGGCCUGUACAGCGCCAACCCCCAGGACCAGUACGAGGCGACCCAGAAGUUCAGGAAGCUUCUCUCGAUCGGUGGGAGCCGAGGGGGCGCCCGUUCCGAGGGGGAGGGGGGUGCCCGUGGGCAGGAGUGGGGUUUGGCCUGCCAAGGCGGGAGGUGUGGGGGCUCGGGCUUUGGGUUGGGGGCGGCUUUGGCUGCAGGGAGCCCCGUCGGGGCGUGCGGCAGGCGCGGCGAGGGGAUGCCCCCGCGAAGGGCGGCCAUGCAAGCGGCGGCCCGCGAACCGGACGGGGGUGUCCGGUCGAUCGAGCCGGUGGGGGCCUGA